AAAGAGGAAGGGGGAACAGCAGAGAGGUAGGGACGUCUUAUUUGAUAUAUUUGACAGAAGAUCUAAAUCUUUAAUAUAGGCACAUACAUUUUUUAUUAUCACCCUUAAAUACUUGCAAUGGCUUUUAGAGCAUUUACACAAACACACGUUUUUGAAAAGCAAUCAGCUCCAAAAGAAAAGGACAAAUCCAGCAUCCAGUGCAUUGCGUGCUGUGACCCACAUGUGUAUAUAGGCACCAAAGAUGCAACAGUCCAGCAUCUCAUCCUUUCAAGUAGCACAGACCUGGGAUCUGGCCAGAGCAAAACUAGAGAAGGUAGGGCAAGAAAACUGGGCUCAAGCAACCAAGUAACCCAACUGAGGGUAGUCCCACUUUACAACCAUCUGCUGGUCCUGUGGGACCGGAGCAUUACUGCCCUCAACAUGUUCUCCUUAGAGCCCGUUCCUGGCCUGAAGAAGAUCCAGCAUGUGUCUUUGUUUGAGGUAUGCGACUCAAUGCCCUCAGCCCAGGCACAAUGUGUGGAGAUGGUGACUUCCUCCAGCCGCAGGAAGCUGAUCCGGAUCCACGUGGUGGGAGUGGACAGGUGGGACGUCGUAAAGGAAGUCCCACUGCUCUACGACCCUAGGGCCUUGGCAAUGGAUGGCACCAGUGUGUGUGUAGCUACCAGCGACAGGUACCUUCUCUGUGAUAUCCGGACUGGGAGCAGCCAGGAGCUUUUUCCUCACAAUCACAGCAGGCAAUGUGUCUUUGUUACCUCAGUGGGACGAGGGGAAUUCCUCCUGAACGGGCCUGAAUCUUUGGGCAUGUUUGUGAUGAAGACGGGGAUAUGCCAGCGCCCCCCCCUGCAGUGGCCUCAGGAGGUGUUGGCAGCCGGAGUGUGUUUCCCCUACAUCCUGACCCUACAGCCCCAAGUGCUGUCGGUCUACAGCAUGGUGGACCAGCAGCGAAAACAGACUGUGAGUCUCACUGGAGCAAAGGGACUACUUUCCACAUCAGAUGGUGUUCUAGUGUUCACAGAGAGAGAGAUUUUCAGCCUGCGCCUGGUGCCAAUCGAAGAGCAGAUCCAGGCACUUGUUAGGCAUGAAAGGAUCGAGGAGGCCUUACUGCUGCUGGAUGGAGUUCAAGGGCAUUGUCCACUUGACUCAUACAAGGAGCUGCUGAAGGCCAUCACUUGCCUGGCUGGGUUUGUUCAUUUUUACCAGGAGGGUUUUUCCGAGGCCAAAGAUCUAUUCAUUACAGGUGAGCUUGACCCCAGAGAAAUCAUCCACCUCUACCCCGACAUGCAGUCGUGUCUCAGCGAAGACUUUCAAUCCCAGCUCGAUCAGGCGAACAAGGGCAGAGAUCUCCAGGUGCUCUGGCAGGGAGACAGCAGCACAUUUCAUCAUUACCUGGCCUUCCUGGGAGAUUUUCUCAGAGCAGUAAAGGGGACUGAGCUAGGCCUGAGGUGCAGUAAGGAGGUGGACUGCGCCCUCCUGAGGCUGUACGUAGAACUGGGAGACUCUGAAAACCUGCAGCAGCUUGUGGCAUUAGCCAAUGAGUGCAGGCUGGACCACUGUGUUCCUGUAUUGGAGCAGCACAACAGAUUAUUUGCAUUAGGUUCCCUCUAUCAAAGCCAUGGAAAUCUAAUUGAUGCAAUUAAGACUUGGGUGAAAAUUGCAGAUGGCUUCCACAAAGACCCCUCUUGCUCAGAUGUAUACGGACACAUAGUUCGGACUCUCAGUCAACUGCAGGACAAAGAUGUUGUGUGGACAUUUUCAGACUGGACUCUUCGAAAAAACCAGGAGAUAGGGGUGCAGAUCUUCAUCAAGCGUCCACCAGAUGACCGAUUUGAGACACAAGACAUCCUUGCUCUCUUGGAGAAAUACCCGCUGGCGAUGCUUUUGUACCUUGAGUUUUUAAUCUACGAUUUAAACAGUGAGGAGAGUAGACAUCACAACCGUCUGGCCCUGGCAUAUGUUACUGAGAUGCUACAGGAGGAAGAGGAAGCAGAUUUGAGGAAGACCAGAGGGAAGUUGCAGCAGCUGUUAUGGGAAUCCAAAUGCUAUGACGUCUCCACUGUAUAUGAGAGAGUUAAGUCAGCAAACUUGCACAUGGAGGAAGCCAUUCUCCUGGGCAGGGCUGGUGAACACUCCCAGGCUCUGAAGGUGCUUGUUCACCAGAAAGGAGACUUCCAGGCUGCAGAGGCCUUCUGCUGCCGGGACCCCCAGCUCAGACAGACCCUGCUGCUCACCCUGCUCCAAAUCUACCUGAGCUCAGAAGACCUCACCAGCGCUGCCGUGGAUCUGCUGAACCACAACCCUCUGGUCUUUGCAGCAGAGCAGAUCAUCCAGCUGCUGCCUGACUCCUGGUCUGUUCAACUGGUCUCUCAGUUCUUAGUGGGAUCCCUCAGAGAGACUUUCCACCAGAGGCGGAUGUCGAUGGUGCAAAAGGCUUUGGGCCAAGCAGAGCUCAUGCGGCACAAGGUCAUAUGGAUGCAGGCCUCAAAAAGAACAUUCAGACUAGACAAGGGGCAGAAGUGUAAGGUUUGUCAGAGAGACCUCGCAGAGCCACAGUUUGUCUGUAACCUCCAUGGUGACCUGAUGCAUACAAACUGCACUGACUUCACAUCAUCUUAAGAACUCAGAUACAGCAAUUUAUUGUCUGCGUGUGCAAUUAAGUGCAUUUCUGCUCUCUGGAGAAUCACAUUCAUUUCAAGUUGGAUAAGUGUCUGCUUCCUACCUGAUUAUUUUUGUAAAUUACACUGUGUCAUCUAGACAAACUUUGUGUACAAGGAUUCAAUUCAUGGACGUUGGACCAGACACUUUCCAUGAUUAGAAAAAAGAAAAUACAUUGUGUAAAUAACUGGUUUCAGAACGCAAAAGAGCAAGCAAUGCACUUUUUUAGGGCGGCAUGUCUGAGCCAUUUCCUAGAGACAUUGUAGACAGCAAUAGCUCUGAAGUGGAGGACACUCAGGGACAUAUAUUCACUGAUCAGACAGUGGUGUUUAACAUGGAAACCACCCGUGGUCAACCUGAUGACCAGAGGGAAUUGGACCAUCCUCUAAGGCUGUAUAUAUGCAUUCCCCGCCAUCACAGUUUCCACUGACUGUGUAUAUUUGUCUGCAUAAAGCUGGAAAUAGAAGGUCAACAGAAAAGAGGAAGCACGUGUUUUUAUUCUGUUCCCUGCAUUGAUAUACAUUUAUGAGCAAAAAAAUUAAAUCACAAUUAUAGGCUUAAAAAUGAAAAGCAAAUAGGUUAAGGAAGUGUAGGGUUUUGGGUCUUUUCCCUUAAUUUUACAGGCGACCCUAAUGACAUGUCUGUGUGUAUGGAACAUUAAAUCAAUUUUGACCAACAUCAUCCCUAUGUCCAAAUAAUAACACACUAACUCCAGUGUGUCCACAAGUACAGUAUGGAAAUCUUUUAUAUAAACUUAAACACAUAUUAUUAAGUUGUAUGCCAUUCAAGAUGUAUUUGUCUAUUUUUGUUGUCAUUUAGUCAUUAAGGCUAACCAUAGCUCAGCAUUUUGGGACAGGAGUAAGGGGAGACGCCUAAAGGAGCUGCAACAGUAACUUGUGCAUUUAGCUUGACUGAUUGCAAGUUUUUGGUGUAUGUUUUUGGCCAUGUGUGUGUGACUAAUUACAGUGCAGGGAAGGGAUUAUCUCUGAGUGAUGCUUUUGCCAAGUUUUCUUCAGUUUUCCUCUCCUAAUGAGGUUUUUGUGGGACUUUUUUUAUUGUUCUGACUGAGUGUCUGAGAUUUGUGCUCAUUUAAUGUUUCAUAGGGUGUGUUGAAACUCUUUAAGCGUUUAACUAAGGUUUAAAAGGAUACACUUGAUUUAAGCUUUGACUUGAACAUUCUCACUUGGAGUGUAUAAGUGUAACCUGCUCUGACUCAUAUAAAUAAACUCUGAUCCCAGAAAAUCCAAGAAAACCACAAACCUAGCCUUUCCUCUUUUAUGUGGCUGCGUGAAGAAUUACCAUGUCCUCCCUUCCAUAUCGCCGCCUUGUAAUUUCGAUUAUCUGUGCAUUUAAUUUAAAUCCCAUUGUAAGCACUGCUGGAUAAACUGAAAAGUAUCAGUGCAGAGGAACACCCAAACUUCUGGUUAGAGAUGUGAAGCAGUCUCUCACUCACGGUGUGACUGUGAGGGGCUGCUGCUCUGUGACUGGCUGCUCUUUGGGCCGUGCCCGAUGACCAGUGACCACUGAGAGGACCCAAAAGGAUCGUGUCCUCUCUUUCCCUCUCAUGGUCAACCUUAGGGGGCAUUAAUGUUGUUGGGAACACGUGUGGUUAUGCUGUGGCUUAAAACAAACGUUUGGCUCAUCUUUGAUAUUACAGCCAAAAGCCACUAAAAGGUAAAAAUACAAGGGCACAAGUACAAGUCUUAAAUCUAAAUUAAGAUUAGAAAACCUUUAAAGUGCAUUUAACUGAUUCUGGGUUCAGUGCCUGAGUGGGCCGGGUCACUGCAGAGGUCCAGAUGGACAUUUUGCACAUGAGGAGAAAUGGAUUGGCUGCAAAAAUGAACAGUUAUGGAGGAAAGGAUGGUGGGUAUCCAGACAUUGGUCUCCCAUUAUAAAUACCCAUUUCACCACAGAAGGAAAAUAAGAACAUUUUCUUCUUGUGCUCUUCCAAAAUUAAGAUAAAAUGUCGUCUGUCUGGACUGUAGGAUGUUAUUGUUUACAUAUUAACAUAGCUGUGUUUUAUAUGGACUGGGAGGAAAGACAUUUAUGAGAUGCAGAGGGUUUUUUCUUCGUCCAUUUGGCCUAUGGAAAAUGGAUACUCUAACAACUCACAAAAGAAAACUCAAACAAACAUGUUUUAUAUUGUUUUUUCAGCUUGGUAGUUUGUGACUUUUCCUACAUUUAUGAAAGACGCUUAUAAAUAGGAUUUUUAUCUGAUGACCUGUAACCGGAAAAUAAUGCAUUAAUUCUGUUGAGUCUUUAAAGGACUGCAGCUGUAAAACCUGGCUACAUCCAAAUAGAUUUGUAUAACCUCUACAUUAUAUCUGUGAUUUGUGCUGGUAGUUAUUUAAAGGGGCA